CCUCCUCACGCGCGCCGAGCCCGCCCAAGCCCGCGCGGCUGAGGUGACUGCCCGGGCGGGAGCUGAGGCGCCGAGGGGCUCUUCUGCAGCGUCUGCUCUCCCUUGGCUCCGACCCACACUCCCCUCUCCAUCCUCCUAAAGUCCGCGUUCCCCGCGCCGCCGUCGUGAGGCGGCUCCCUGCCUUCCCGCGCGGCUCCGGGGCGAUGGCCGCGCGGGAGUCGGGGCCGGCGGUCCUCUUCCUCGCGCCCCGCCCGCUCCGCCUCCUCCUCCUUCUUCCGCUGGUCGCGGGGCGCUGGGGUCCGGCCGGCGCGGGGGGCGCUGCGCCCGGAGGAUUAGCUGAACCAUCCUUUGUUGCAAAACAUGAAGAUAGUUUGUUUAAGAAUUUAUUUCAAGACUACGAAAGAUGGGUUCGUCCUGUGGAACACCUGAAUGACAAAAUAAAAAUAAAGUUUGGCCUUGCAAUAUCUCAAUUAGUGGAUGUGGAUGAGAAAAAUCAGUUAAUGACAACAAAUGUCUGGUUGAAACAGGAAUGGAUAGAUGUGAAAUUAAGAUGGAACCCUGAUGACUAUGGUGGAAUAAAAAUUAUACGUGUCCCUUCAGAUUCUCUCUGGACCCCAGACAUUGUUUUAUUUGAUAAUGCAGAUGGACGUUUUGAAGGGGCCAGUACGAAAACGGUCGUCAGGUAUGAUGGCACUGUCACCUGGACUCCUCCGGCAAACUACAAAAGUUCCUGCACCAUAGAUGUCACGUUUUUCCCCUUUGAUCUCCAAAACUGUUCCAUGAAAUUUGGUUCUUGGACUUACGAUGGAUCACAGGUUGAUAUAAUUUUAGAGGACCAAGAUGUAGACAAGAGAGAUUUUUUUGAUAAUGGAGAAUGGGAAAUUGUGAGUGCAACGGGAAGCAAAGGAAACAGAACUGACAGCUGUUGCUGGUAUCCUUACAUCAUGUACUCAUUUGUAAUUAAGCGUCUGCCUCUCUUUUAUACCUUGUUCCUUAUUAUACCCUGUAUUGGGCUCUCGUUUUUAACCGUACUUGUCUUCUAUCUUCCUUCAAAUGAAGGUGAAAAGAUUUCUCUCUGCACCUCAGUACUUGUUUCUUUGACUGUCUUCCUUCUGGUUAUUGAAGAGAUCAUACCCUCAUCUUCAAAAGUAAUACCUCUGAUUGGAGAGUAUCUGGUGUUUACCAUGAUUUUUGUGACACUAUCAAUUAUGGUGACUGUCUUUGCUAUCAACCUUCAUCAUCGUUCUUCCUCGACACAUAAUGCUAUGGCACCUUGGGUCCGCAAGAUAUUUCUUCAGAAGCUUCCAAAAUUGCUUUGCAUGAGAAGUCAUGUAGAUAGGUACUUGACUCAGAAAGAGGAAACUGAGAGUGGUAGUGGACCAAAAUCUUCUAGAAACACAUUGGAAGCUGCGCUUGAUUCUAUUCGAUAUAUUACAAGACACGUCAUGAAGGAGAAUAAUGUCCGUGAGGUUGUUGAAGAUUGGAAAUUCAUAGCCCAGGUUCUUGAUCGGAUGUUUCUGUGGACUUUUCUUCUGGUUUCGAUUGUUGGAUCUCUUGGGCUUUUUGUUCCUGUUAUUUAUAAAUGGGCAAAUAUAAUAGUACCAAUUCAUAUUGGAAAUGCAAAUAAGUGAUACUUCCCAAGGGAUUGGAGUAGGAAUUUAAUUACCAAAAGGCAUAUAUCAUAUGGCACCUAUAAAAUUAUGAAAAUGUAAAUUGUGCUUAAAAUUUGAUACAAGCUUUAACAGAUUAAUGGUUGCUAACAUCAGUUUAUUUUAAUAGAUUGCCCAUUAGAACAUCUACCUGCAUGACUGAAGUAAUAACUGAUGGAAUAACAUUUGAUCUUUUAAAACUAGCAGCAAAAUAUUAUCUGAACUAUACUAGUAAAAGUCUAAUAUUUGUAUCCUGACAAAUAAUACUAAUUUGUAAUCAAGAGUGAAGUUCAUCUUUUGAUUGUACUGGAAAAUUCCUGUUGUAUUUGAAAACUGAUUUUAAAACUUUUUCUGCAUUUGGUAAAGGUACACAUUUUAGAAUUCUUUCCUGUAUUCACUGGGUAACAGCUAAUCUUUAGCGUAAUAUAUACUGCUAUUUAAAUAAGCUCACUACUUAGAAUGAUAAUGAUUUAAUGUGAUGCUGCUUUUCUAUAACCAACAUUUUUAAAAAAUGAAAAUGGGGAUUGGGAACUCCUUUAAGGCAUACUUUAUUCUUUGGAUGCUUAAACUGAACAAUUAUUGUAUUAACUUUUUGGUGUGUGUGUAAGGAAGAUUUCCUGAGCUAACAUCCAUUGCCAAUCCUCCUCUUUUUUCGCUUGAGGAAGAUUAGCCCUGAGCUAACAUCUGUGCCCGUCUUCCUCUAUUUUGUAUGUGGGAUGCCUCCACAGCAUGGCCGAUGAGUAGAUAGGUCCACACACGGGAUCUGAACCUGCAAACUCAAGCUGCCAAAGCAGAACAUGUGGAACUUUAACCACUCAGCCUCCGGGCUAGCCUCUGUAUUAACUAUUUUUAUAGCUUACUUUCCAUUGUAAAAUCAUGCAAGAGACAACCCCUAUGGACAUGCAGCAGCAUCUCCUUAACAUUAAUUUCAAUCUCCUUGUCCACAUUUUCUGCAAUUAAUAGAAUCAUCUUCUAUAUAAAUCGUGGUAGCAUCUUUUUAUCCUUGAUUGUAGAAGAGCCCACUACAAUUAAGUGAAUCCCAUUUUUAAAACAUGUCUAUGGAUACUACUAAAUCGUUCUGUGAGAAAACCAUCUUCCAAGAUUAAAGACAGUAUUCUAACUAGGUAUAAGCACAUUGUUACACAUCUGUAAUGUUUCAGUUUUAUCUCUUUCAUUCCAACAAUUACAGUACUUGAAUCUUAGAGUUGCAAGGGCCUUUGACGUAAUUUAGUCUUAGCCUAUUACUACUUAUUCAGCACAGUAUCAUGUAUCACAGGUAAACAAAUUUCAUCUCUCACUGCCCCUGAUUCAGCCAUGACCAGGAAGAAAACACUGAUAGAAACCUUGCAUUCAAUUUAGAACUCUUAGCUCUUGAGAGAACAAAUGCCUUAUUUAUUUACGGUAAGUAACCCAACUAAGUUCAAGUCAACACUCUUUGGGAGGCAGAGAGAAUCCUGCUAAUUUGCAUUUUAUUGUAGGCAGGUGUUUAAUGCCAUUUAAUGAGUGAAAGUCUGAUUUGAUGAAUUUAAAUUGCCUUUAAAUCCCUGAUCCCCCUUAUAUCUCCAUUACUGUUACUGAAAAUUUCUACAUGUAAACAAACAAAUUUUAUAGAAACCUUCCUUUUGACUUAUUGAAACAUGAGUCAAAGUGGGCUGCAAUUUUGUCAGUUUCAUUUUUGCAUAGGGAAAACAUCAGAAUGACUGGUGAGAAGAUUAAAAUGGUCUCUUGUGAAUCACCAUCUCUUGCCAGUGGUUAUUCAGAUUCAGAAGUGUAGUAUGGGAUACUCUCUUAUUAAUAAUUUGUCUGAAGAAGUGGUUCUCAAGUGGCAAUUUUGCCUUUGAGGGGAAAUUUAAGAAUUUUUGGUUGUCACAACUGGCAAGGGAUGGGGCAAUGUUACUGGCAUAUAGUUAGGGUGCUGCCAAAGACCCUACAGUGUACAGGACAGUCCCCAACACAGAAUCAUCUGGCAAAAAUGUCAAUAGUGCAAAGGUUGGGAAACCCUGUUCUAAAGGUUCAUUAACAAUGUGUGACUAGGCAUAAUGUCUCACAGUAUAAUAAUUUAGAAUUAUGCAAGAUGAAUAGUUGAGGCCCUCUGCAAUGGAGGCAUGGCCCUAAAACUCGUGAAAAACAGUAAAGAACAAGAAGUGCAUUGUAAGAAAUGGUAGUAGUGGGGUAUAGCUGAAAUAGUAUAAAAUUGCAAGGAGAUUAUGGGCUAAAUAAGAAAAACCUUUGGGAAAUCUGUUGUGAUACUGAACCGAAUGGAUUUGCACAUUUCUGAACAGCAAGUUUUUCUAUCCAGUUAUGUCUCAACCACUAAAAAAAAAGAGAAAUAGUUUUCAUAUUUAGCCUAUUCUUUUUUCUUUUUGAGGAAGAUUAGCCCUGAGCUAACAUCUGCUGCCAGUCCUCCUCUUUUU